UGGCCUCGGCCUUUCAUAGUUUUCAUGUCCUUUGUGGGCGGCCGAAACUGAAAGCUCAAAGACGAAGCAGCCAACCUCAAACUCAAACUCAAACUCCAACUCAGAAAGAUCUAAUGGCGUCUCAAAGCCUCUCAACGAUUAGUUUAUCGCCCACUUGGAGUUGGAGAAGACAACCACCUUCAGCUUCACCCACCACUUCUUCAUCCGCAUCUUUCGCUUCUCGCCGCCGCCGCAGCCACGUCGUCCGUAUGGCCCCGGAGGAAGAGAAGCUCACCCGCCGCAACCCUCUUGAUUUCCCAAUUGAGUGGGAGAGGCCGAAGCCGGGGCGGAGGCCGGAUAUUUUCCCGCAGUUUAGUCCUAUGAAGACGCCAUUGCCGCCUCCGAUGCCGUAUGACCCGCCGGAGGAAGAUGAAGAGGAGGAGGAGAAGAAAGAGGAGGAGGAAGAGCAAGAGCAGGAAGAGGACUCUCCGGAAAAGCUUGACCCAGAGAAGAACAACUCUGUCUUUGGAUUCUGGUAAAACCUGGAUUUGAUUCCCUUUUUGUAUCUCUGAGUUGAGGCUGUUGGUACUUGUAGUGCUGUUGUAGUUAAUAAGGAGUCUGCUUCUGUAUGAGUUGAAUGAUUAUUUAUGAUGAUAUGUGAUGGUGUUUUUUUGGGUAUGAAAUGGUGAUUUUCUUUUGAAUGAA